UGUAGAAUUUGUAGAAUUUAACGAACGUGUAAUAGAAGCUGUUAUCGUAUAGAUCUAAUUUACGUUAUCCAUUUAAGAAAAUAGCGUUACGUUCAAUUUAGAGUCAAUAUAUAAAUGUAUCUUGCACUUUAUUAAUUAUAGGCGAACAUACACCAUGUUGAAAAUGCGUCUCUUUGCUGCGAUCUCCGUGCUAUGCAUUCUGGCAUUCGUCAUCAUCGGUGAGGUGAGAGGCGGCGCAGAAAGCUUCUCGUUUGUCUCGCGCCAUCCCUACGGUUACGUGCAUCAAGCAAAUCCUCGUAGAUUCCACGGCUUUUUCCCGGAUUCAAGAGACCAUCCCUACGGAGGUCGUCGCUACGGAGGCGGUCCCUACGGAGGUGGUCCCUACGGAGGUCGUCGCUACGGAGGCGGUCCCUACGGAGGUGGUCCCUACGGAGGUCGUCGCUACGGAGGCGGUCCCUACGGAGGUGGUCCCUAUGGACGUCGCCCGUACAGAGGUCGUUAUUAUUGACCUGGACCAGAUUAUUACUAACAAGCCCGGCGCGAUGCUAUUUCGCGUGACGUAGUAAUUUAUUACAUCAUUAGAUGAAGAAAGUGUGAAAGUAUAGAUACGUACAAUCUAUAUCGUUGAAUACGUGUAUGAAUUACUGUGGGAGAACAGAAUGCUGACUAGUCGCACUAACAUUCAAUACAAUCUCGCGAUUAAAGGGAUUAUGUAUCUUUUUCCAGCAUGAAUUCCUUCUCAUAAUGAUUUCAUGCACAUAUGUCAUAACUAAUAACUAAUCUGAUAAUUAAGGUAACGACCAUGAGCUCAUUGGCAAAUGACAUUUUAACCCCACUGUGACAGGCGCUAUUCCUUGCAGAUAUCGUUUUAUAUAUUUAUAUUUAAAAUAUUAAAGUAUUGUUGUACACGUCAAUGCUAUAAAAUAUCAUUGUAAAUAAAUCAUC